GUUUUUCCUGGACUCUUCCUUUUGUGGCCCCUAGAAAAGUACAUGAUAAGUGUUUAAUAGAAAUUUUGGAAAGAAUGACUUUUCCAUAAGAAGUUUCUCUCAUGUAUAGAGCUUUUGUUCCGUACCAGGUCCUGUGCCAACCUCAUUACAGACGCUAUUUCACUGCAUCUCUUUCUCUCACUAACACAGAGCAAGAGAGGAUGCUACAGCCCCAUUUGACAGAUGGAACCCUGAGGCUGAGAAAUCGGCCAGCCUCUAGCUGGUCUUUGCUGGUCACCGCCAGGCUAUUUGAUAUGACCCCAUAAAUGUGAACCAUGUGGCACCGGACUUCACACUAUCAGCCACAGUCCUGUGGCUAUUGUCAUAGGUGCUUUUUAUAUAUUUUUGCCCCCAAGGGUGAGCUGUCACCCAGCUCCUGAGUCAGACCCUUACGUGUGGAAGGUGAUGGGGGUGUUUUGUCUUGAAAAUGAGUCAUCUGGGGGUGGGGCAUCGGGCACAGGCCCAGGGCUCUAAAAUGAGUCAUCUCUUCACAGACCAGUGAAAAAUCAUAGCAGGAUCCCCCUAACAAAUCAUAUAGGCUGGGAAGAUGAAGUCCAGAAAGAGGGCUCACAUAGCACAGGCACAGAGACAGGGAGGUCUGAUUCCCGACAAGAGGGGUUAGAGAGUGGGAGGGGAGGGUUCUGAGAGGGAAGAGUCACAUCGCUCCUUCUCCCAGCCGUGGGAGAGAUGCCCCAGCCAGCUGCUUCUAUUCCAGACUGUGAGGAGGGGUGAGUCAGCCUGUUGGGGGGGGACAGGCUUUAAGCCUGCCUGUAUCCCCAACCCCACCCCCCAACACACACCCAGAUGGACUGGAAGCUGGUUUUCUGGGAUGCCAGGGCUCCUGACUCAGCACUGGGAAUCUUGGCUGAGUGUGUUCUGGGAAAUGUCAGGCCUACAGGAAACAGAGGGCCCCCACUCACACCAUCCCGCAGGUGGGCGGGGAGUGAAGAGAGCAGGGUGUAUGAGAGAACAGGGGCCCAGUGUGCAAGGGUCUGAGCAUGAGCGGGUUUAUGUACACAGGAGAGUUGAGAGUAUGAGACAGAGACAGUUGGCAAGCAAGGCAUGGGGUUUAUCUGUGCAAAGGAAGAGGCUGGGUGCCAGGUUGUGGGUGUUUGAAGCAGAGGCAAAGUGGAGGGGCUCCCAGGGCAAGGGAAAUGUUUGCUGGGAAGACGUGUUCAAAGGAGACAUCCAGCCUGCUAGGGGCAAAAAUAAGAAGGGACAUUGGCAAGAUGUUCGUGCAGAGCAGAGAUGCGGAGUUUGUAAAGGAUGUUUGCAAAAAAGACGGUGUGGGGAAGAGAAAGGUCUGCCAAGCACACAGCACUCAGGUGAGCGGAAGAGCACGAAAUGGCACGUGCGCGUUCCUGCGGUGCAGCGACAAUCCCCAGCAGGCCCCAACGCCCACCCUUAGGCCCCGCCCCUCACGCACAGCGGGGUGUUCUACGUGCCAGUCAGUGAGUUGCUGCUCCGCCAUUGGCUAGCUGGCCGGAGUGGGCGGGCGUGCGGAGAUUCCCGGAAGCGCAAGAGGCCCCGGCGCGUAGUGGACCCGGAUCCAAGGAACAGUGGGCGAUGCGGCUGGAGGUGGGGGGCUUACUGCGGGGGACUUGUGGUCAACUGGGCCGGACUGUUGGUCUGCCUUGUGGGGCCCUGGGGCCUGGGCCCCACUGGUGGGGGCCAUGUGGGGGUUCUUGGGCCCAAAUGUUCCAUAAGGAUGGGCCUAGCAGAGGCCUGGGUGAGGAGGACAUUCGCAGGGCACGGGAGACUCGUAUCAGGAAGACACCCCGGCCCCAGCUGAGCGACCGCUCUCGAGAACGCAAGGUGCCCGCUUCCCGCAUCAGCCGCUUGGCCAACUUUGGGGGACUGGCUGUCGGCCUGGGAUUGGGAGUGCUGGCUGAGGUGGCCAAGAAGUCCCUGCCAGGAGGACAUCUACCAUCAGAGAGCGGCACCCGGCCAGGCUCCAGUCCCUUCCUGUCAGAGGCCAAUGCCGAGCGGAUCGUGCAGACCUUGUGUACAGUUCGGGGGGCCGCCCUCAAGGUUGGCCAAAUGCUCAGCAUCCAGGACAACAGCUUCAUCAGCCCCCAGCUUCAGCGCAUCUUCGAGCGGGUCCGCCAGAGCGCCGACUUCAUGCCCCGCUGGCAGAUGCUGAGAGUUCUCGAAGAGGAGCUGGGCAGGGACUGGCAGGCCAAGGUGGCCUCUUUGGAGGAGGUGCCCUUUGCUGCUGCCUCUAUCGGGCAGGUGCACCAGGGCAUGCUGAGGGAUGGGACAGAGGUGGCCGUGAAGAUCCAGUACCCAGGCGUUGCCCAGAGCAUCCAGAGUGAUAUCCAGAACCUGCUGGCAGUGCUAAAGAUGAGUGUGGCCCUGCCUGAGGGCCUGUUUGCUGAGCAAAGCCUGCAGGCCUUGCAGCAGGAGCUGGCCUGGGAGUGUGACUACCGCCGUGAGGCAGCUUGUGCCCAGAACUUCAGGCAGUUGUUGGCAGGUGACCCUUUCUUCCGAGUGCCAGCUGUGAUUGAGGAGCUGUGCACAACGCGGGUGCUGGGCAUGGAACUGGCUGGAGGGGUCCCCCUGGACCAGUGCCAGGGCUUAAGCCAGGACAUCCGGAACCAGAUCUGCUUCCAGCUCCUGAGGCUGUGUCUGCGGGAGCUGUUUGAAUUCCGAUUCAUGCAGACGGACCCCAACUGGGCCAACUUCCUGUACGAUGCCUCCAGCCACCAGGUGACCCUGCUGGACUUUGGUGCAAGCCGGGAAUUUGGGACUGAAUUCACAGACCAUUACAUCGAGGUGGUGAUGGCAGCAGCCAAUGGAGACAGAGACCGGGUCCUGCAGAAAUCCCGGGACCUCAAAUUCCUCACAGGCUUUGAAACCAAGGCAUUCUCGGAUGCCCAUGUGGAGGCAGUGAUGAUCCUGGGGGAGCCCUUCGCCACCCAGGGCCCCUACGACUUUGGGGCAGGUGACACUGCCCGCCGAGUGCAGGGCCUCAUCCCUGUGCUGCUGCAGCACCGGCUGCGCCCACCGCCGGAGGAGACCUAUGCCCUGCACCGCAAGCUGGCAGGGGCCUUCCUGGCCUGCGCCCGCCUCCGCGCCCACAUCGCCUGCCGGGACCUCUUCCAGGACACCUACCACCGCUAUUGGGCCAGUCGCCAGGCCUAGCCUCUGCCUGCAGCCUCCUGACCAGAAGGGACUUGGGGUCAGACCCUUUAGAUGGCCUCCAUCCUGUGAUUCUGGCCCCAAAGCAGGCCAUCCACUGCUGUGAUGCCUCCUUUCCAUUCCCCUGCAAGCCUGGGGACCAUCCGGUCUGAUUUCCCCAUCUUGCCUAGCUCCCUUCCUUGGGGCUGGGGAAACCUCCAGCUAGGGAACUCCCAACUUCACACCCCCAUAUCCUGAUCUUCCCACUCCCGUGUGGGCACCCAGGAACUCUACGCCAGGGAUUAAUUUAUUUUUGCCAAUGUUUAAGAGCCGUAGGCCCUCUGCACCCAGUCAUGCAGAUCCAGACUCAUCUAGAUGGGGAGCCCCACACCUCUGGGUCAGGUCUCUCACGGAUCUGGCCAGUGAAAGGGGAGGAGCGGUGGCUGGUGGAGGCAGCCCUCACCUUUGCUGCCCUCACCCCUCCACCAGCUGCGUUCUCCCGGGCUCCAUCCUUUCUGUGUGCUGGGGAGGGGGUAAGGGAGGGUGUUUGAAACUUCAGUCAGAAUAAAAGUGGCUGUCCCCUUCCCGGCUCUUUUCUCUGCGCUGGGUGGCGGUGGGGGUGGGGAG